UGCGCAGCUAGACUAUCUAGCUACAAUGGCGCCUCUAGAUUUGGAUAAAUAUGCGGAGAUUGCAAAACAGUGUAAAUACCUUCCAGAAAAUGACCUCAAGAGGUUAUGUGACUAUGUGUGUGAUCUUCUGCUGGAGGAGUCCAACGUUCAGCCUGUUUCUACUCCUGUAACAGUGUGUGGAGACAUACAUGGACAGUUUUAUGAUCUCUGUGAACUUUUCCGAACCGGUGGCCAGGUUCCAGACACAAAUUACAUCUUCAUGGGCGACUUUGUUGACCGAGGAUAUUACAGCUUGGAGACGUUCACCUACCUGCUGGUGCUAAAAGCCAAAUGGCCCGACCGCAUCACGCUUCUUCGUGGAAACCACGAGAGCAGGCAGAUCACCCAAGUUUAUGGCUUUUAUGAUGAGUGCCAGACCAAAUAUGGAAAUGCCAAUGCCUGGCGGUAUUGCACAAAAGUCUUCGAUAUGCUAACAGUUGCGGCUCUGAUGGAUGAGCAGAUCUUGUGUGUCCACGGGGGCCUCUCUCCAGACAUAAAGACCCUAGACCAAAUUCGAACCAUUGAACGCAAUCAGGAGAUCCCUCACAAAGGAGCGUUUUGUGACCUGGUGUGGUCAGACCCUGAAGACGUGGAUACCUGGGCCAUCAGCCCCAGAGGAGCUGGCUGGCUGUUUGGUGCAAAGGUUACAAAUGAGUUUGUUCACAUAAACAACCUGAAGCUGAUCUGCAGGGCGCAUCAACUCGUCCAUGAAGGCUACAAGUUCAUGUUUGACGAGAAGUUGGUCACAGUGUGGUCGGCCCCCAACUACUGCUACCGCUGUGGCAACAUUGCCUCCAUCAUGGUAUUCAAAGAUGCUAACACAAGAGAGCCAAAGCUGUUCAGAGCAGUGCCUGACUCUGAAAGAGUCAUUCCACCCCGAACAACAACACCUUAUUUCCUGUAAGCACAUUCAAGCUGACGUAGCGCAGCCAUUUGUUCAGUGUACAGAUAAUGACUGGGACAGUGGCAUCAGCACUUGUGAACCCAUAUAUAUUUUGUACAAUACAUUUAGAGUAUUUACAGUGCUUUUCUUGGUGCCAACUCUCAACUGCUAUUCCCGCUCUGUGCAUUUAAUGCCAUCACUCUGAAGCUGAAAUCAUUACAGCAAAGUAAGCUUGCUGAGCAUUGUCACCUUACUGUUGUAUUAGAGGAAAGACAAAAAAAUCAACUGACCUUUGUAAAAUGUUAGUAUUUAUAAAUCUCCACUUCACUUUAUAGUGAAAACUCACUGCUGAGCAAAUUGCACAUGCAGUGUUCUAGAAUGUUCCAUUUUAAUUUGGUAUGGUAAUGUAUCUACUGUUUGUAAGAUAAGAAAAGCACUGCACGAAAGCAAAAAUGACAUCUAUUCUGACAAGUUUCAAUGAAGUUACACAUUUAGUGUUAUUAUGUGAUCUUAUAAAUAAACAUGUAAACCUGAGAGCUGAUAUGUACUAUGUAUUAGUAGUAUUGUUAAAACUGUGGUACCUUAAAAAUUCUCUGUAAUUUCCAGGUUUGGAAUCAGCUCUUGUAAUUAUUAUUUUUCUGUGUGUUGCCACUCUGUUUUUAAUUAAAGAACUAUGAAAAAUCAUUA